AUGACCAACAUCAUAUCCAAGCUCUUCGCGAAAUUCACUCCACCUCGUCCUCGCUUUUUCAUCCUUGAAUACCUCCCUAUAGAACUCCUCCUCCUCGUCUUCGCCCGCCUUCCAACCCGCGACCUCUACACCCUCACCACACUCUCGCCUUCCAACGCCGUGUCCGAGCACGCAAAACUCGCCAUACUCCAGCGCGUCUUCCGCGCAAACUUCCGCAUCCGCGCCGCGUGGUGCUGCUGCUCCUGCCAGCAGAUGAACUUCCGCGACAAGCUGGCCUUGCAGAACCACCUGAACAUCCUGCUGCAUCCGACGAUGUUGGAUUUAUGCGUUGUGUACACGUGGCCGGAACCGCGGCUUCUGAAUCCACGCAAGCACAAGAUUAGUGAGGAGCAUAAAUACAGGAUCGUGUUUGCGCUAGGGGGAAGUGGGCGGAAAGUCAAGUUGAAUGUUGCGCAGUUAAAGGCGCUGAGGGUGGGGGAUGAGAUUGACAUAGCGCGGUCGAGGAUGCAGCUUUUGACUUAUUAUUAUACGAAUAUGGGGAAGAGGAAACGGCAUGGGUUUAGAUGUCUUGCUAGAGUGAUUGCUGGAGGGUCUUGGUUGCCUGGGGUGAGGCGGUGUCCGCUUCAUGAUUGUUGA